AUGGCUCAAUGGAUGAUUCUUAUCGUAGCUCCCCUUCAUCCGUUUGUCGAUAAGCUUCGUUUAUCCUCAAAAGAGAAAUUAAAAGAUCUUGCUGAAGGAAUUAAUUAA